CUGGUCGCGCGUGGAUCAAAUAAUAUUUCGAAUGUGUUACUUUCUUACUUUUGUGUCUCAGCUUGGGCCGCCAUUCAUACCGAUACAGGUUUGGCGUGGUUGGAUUUUCGAGCUGAAGUAGACGAGGCGGGACCGGGGUAUAUAUACCGACGGUGGGCGUCGGCAUAGAACACAUCGUCUGCAGGCACGCGUCCUCCCAAGACCCUGUCAGCUACUCCACUGCCAAAGAAAGACACAUCAUGAAGUACACGAUUGUGUUUCUUGUUCUCGCAACUGUGAUUGCUGCUGCCAUGGCUGGCUACGCGUAUGGUGGCUAUGGAGGAUACGGGCGUGGCGGCUACGGCGGCUACGGCGGAUAUGGCGGCUACGGCGGUUACGGCGGAUACGGAGGCUACGGCGGCUAUGGUGGUUACGAUGGCUACGGAGGAUACGGCCGCGGAUACGGUGGCUACGGAUACGGUCGUGGAUAUGGCGGAUACGGAGGCUACGGUGGAUACGGCGGAUACGGAGGCUACGGUGGCUACGGAAAAUACGGUCACGGUUUCUAUGGUUAAGGAAGACUUCGGCAGUACGUUGAAUAAAGACACGUAAAACU